CAUCUAUCGAUGGGCGCCAGUGUGCGCUUUCUAUGAUACGAUACAUUGCAAUGGCAUUCUUGACUAAGCUGCUCCAGCUAAGGGUCGAUUCCGAUCAGGACUGUCAAAAAUGGGUUCGAUCGUAAACAGUCGCCUCGGAGAGAGGGAGCGCGUCGCCAAAGUUGAUCCCCAAUCGUCUUUCGCCGCUCACCAAUCGCCAUGUUAUCGGUUCAUUGGAAACGUGCCAGGACCACGCAGGUCGCUUGUGUAUUCCGCAUAGGAUGCUCAUUUGGACAGCUUCGACAGUCCUCAACUGCGUUCGAGAAGCGUGCUCUGGCGUUCACUCAGGAGAAGGCUAGACAGUCAGAAUUGAACAGGAACAGUCAUGGAUCCCGGCUUUCAAUUGAAAUCAUUCUUCCUGACGGCACAAAGAAAGUCGGAGCCGCAGGAGCUACCACGCCGCUGGAGAUCGCACAAGGCAUCUCUGGAAAACUGGCUAAGAGUACGUUGAUCGCACAGCUGAAUGGCAACACGUAUUGGGACAUGAGUCGACCUCUGGAACAGUCCUGCCAACUGGAACUGGUACCCUUUCAGGAGAACAACGAUCGCCUCACCAGUCUCUUUUGGCAUUCUUCGGCGCAUGUACUCGGAAUGUCCCUGGAAGCAAAAUAUGGCUCGCGCUUGCUUCUCUGCGAUGGACCUGCAAUCAAACAGGGCGGCUUCUUUUACGAAUUUUUAUUGACCAAGCAGGACCAGGAUCCAUCUCUCUCUGUGGCGGAGCUUUUGCAACAGAAUUACCCUUCGCACCAGUUCACCAAGGAGGAUAUCGCGGAUAUUCAGCGAACCAUGCAUCAGUUCGUCGCUCAACGAUUGCCUUUUGAGCGGCUAUCAGUCUCACAGGAGUUCGCCUACGGCCUUUUCCCUGAGAACAAGUUCAAGCAGCACUUUAUCGGCAACAUCCCUGCGGAUAGUGAGAUCACACUGUACAAGUGCGGUCCAUUCGUGGAUCUCUGCCGUGGACCUCAUGUUCAACACACGGGACAGCUGCAAGCGAUGGAGAUUUUGAGGACGUCUAGUGCCUAUUUCAUGCCAGAGUUGGAUCGGGACCCUAAAUCGCCCCAGGCACUGACACGGAUGUAUGGAAUUGCUUUCCCGUCAGUCAAAGAACUGAAGCAGUGGCAUUACCAAAAGAGCGAGGCCGAGAAACGUGAUCAUCGCGUCAUCGGCAAAAACCAAGGAUUGUUUGCAGUUCACCCAGCGAGUCCAGGAUCAGCCUUUAUGUUGCCGCACGGAACCAGAAUCGUGGAAAGGCUGCUGCGGUUUAUGAGACAGCAGUACCGGAAGUAUGGUUUCGAGGAGGUCAUGACGCCCUUGAUGUACAAGAAGGAGCUCUGGGAAACGUCAGGACACUGGCAAAACUACAAGGAGGACAUGUUCGAGGUCAAGCGAGGAUGCGAUCAUAGCCAUGACCAUUCGCACGAGCAUAAGGACAACGUAAAGGCAGAGUUGAGGGAAGGCCACGAUGAGGUGUUUGGGCUCAAGCCCAUGAACUGCCCAGGACACUGCCUGAUUUUUGACAUGUCGAAUCGCUCAUACAAGGAUCUGCCAAUUCGCUAUGCCGACUUUAGUGCACUUCACCGAAACGAAUCUACUGGAUCUCUUACUGGAUUGACCCGUGUACGCAGGUUCCAUCAGGACGACGCUCACAUCUUUUGCACGCGGGAUCAGAUCUUUCAAGAAAUCCGCUCGACCCUUUCGUUUGUAGAUACCGUUUACAGAACCUUCCGAUUCCCUUCCUACGAACUUGCGCUCUCGACGCGACCUCAGACCAAUUUUAUGGGGUCUAUCGAGGAAUGGAAUGCUGCAGAGGACUCUCUUCGCCAGGCACUGGAUGAUUCGGGACUUUCUUGGUCAAUCAACGAGGGCGAUGGUGCCUUUUAUGGGCCCAAGAUCGAUAUUCUGGUGAGAGAUGCUCUUGGUCGGAGGCACCAAACUGCGACCAUUCAGUUGGAUUUCCAGCUUCCACAGCGGUUUGGCUUGCAGUUCUAUGACCAACAGGACGAGAAGCAGCACCCUGUGAUUGUCCACCGAGCAGUGUUGGGAAGUGUAGAGCGUAUGAUGGCAAUCUUGAUUGAGCACACUGGUGGAAGAUGGCCUUUCUGGAUCUCACCGCGUCAAGCUAUGGUCGUGCCUGUUUUUGGUGGAAAGGCAGCUGAAGUCGACAGUACCAGCGCGGAGAGGAGCGAUGGCACCAGCGGUGGCGGGAAAUCCUUGACAGAAUAUGCGUUUUAUGUCAAGGAGACACUAGCCAAGGCGGGUCGCGAGCCACUUGUGGCGGGCCAGAAGGAUGCCGACGGCAAGGUUCAGGACCCUGUGGUAGGGAUGGAUGACAAGCACUACUUUGUGGAUAUUGAACAAUCCGGUGGCACACUCAACAAGAUGGUCCGUGAUGCACAGGUAGCCCAAUAUAACUUUAUCCUGGUGAUUGGCGAGAAAGAGAAGGAGCGGGGGACGGUGAACGUGCGGACGAGGGAGGGCGAAAGACUAGGAGAGAUGACAAUACCCGAGGUGCUCCAGCUGUUUAAGGAGCGGGAAGAUCAAUUCCUGUAACAGUAUUAGUAAUAAAUGAAAGGCG